UGAGCUCAGAGGGCAGAGCAUCUAAAAAGAGCCUGGGAUUGAAGCACUGACAGAUAGAAGUAAAGAAAUGACAAAAUCCUGGAUUUCUGCCCUGAAGAAUACAUUUAAAAAUGAGCCCCUUGCAUCAAAUGUUGUGUUUUCCUUUCUUCUGGUUGUCUUAGAAAAGUUGGUGGACAUGGAGUUUACAUGUCCCUGUAAAGAGAAUAAGCAUCAGAAUGCUUCAUUUGUGGCCGCAUACUUCAUCAUUCCUGCAUUUUUGGCCUUUGUGCUGAUGUUCGGUUUCCAUGUGUCCAGCAAAGCAAAAAAAUGCUCCGAUGACUGUCUAAAAAUAUGCAACUGCAUAAUCCCAUCAAUCGUGUGGAUGAUCCUGCUGUUCUUUGAUGGUCGCUACUUUGCUUGUGGAAGUACAGAUUGGUCUGGCAGGUAUGUGACUGCUGAUAAAGCUGCUCCAGUGAAAUGGUGUGAAACAAAUAACAAAACCUCUUAUGAGGAGCGACUGAAUAAGUCUCAGGAAUGGUACUUUCAUUCUCAGUGCAUUGGAGUUUGCAUUACUCUGGUGAUGGCCAUUGUGGCACUCGGUGUAUUUAUAUAUAAAUGUAUCAAAAAUACCACUGGUGACGAACCUGAAAAUUCAGGACUACAGCUUGGCGAAGUCGGGUCAUCUACUAAUGGAGAAAAUGGACCUGAGAACCGGUCUGCUCCUGAAAAUUCUGUAGAAAUGUCCCCUUAAACCGAUCCACUUUUAAAUAGCUCAGAAACCCAUUAACUGAUGUGGGCAGCAAAAAUAUUAACUAUGAAGCUUAUUUUUAUAUCACUUUGUUAUUUCAUAUCACAAAAUUACUGUUUGCUUAACUUGUCAUUCAUAUCUUUUAAUCUUCAUAGCUUAAGUUUUAAGAUUACAGCUGAUUGUAAUUAUGAAAAUGUAAUAUUGCUUGCAUAGAUAUAGUAUGAAAGAAGCAUCUCAGUACACUGUAUAAC